CGUCAGCCAACUUCUCCAGCAGCUGCGGCGAGGAAAGCAGGGAGGGAGAGUUAGUUCAUGUGGAGCAACGACGAGGAGCGUGUUCAGGACAGCGGGACUAUCGUGUUCAUUGGGGACAACAGCACUCAUGAGGAUCCAGCGGCUGCUAAAUGUGUGAAGCCACAUCCAACCCAGGACCCUGUUUGUUAACAAUCCACAGUAUUGGGGGAAUAUUGGCAAAUACACCAGAGGAGCCACCGAGCAGCAAGGUGUUCCAGCAUGAACCGGGCCUUUAACAGGAAAAAAGAUAAAUCAUGGAUGCACACUCCAGAGGCUCUGGCGAAGCAUUACAUCGGCUACAACGCCAAGUUCCUUGGAAACACAGAAGUUGAGCAACCAAAGGGAACUGAGGUGGUGAAGGAUGCAGUGAGAAAGCUGAAGUUUCAAAGGCAUAUCAAGAAAUCAGAGGGACAGAAGACUCCUAAAGUGGAACUGCAAAUCUCCAUAUAUGGAGUGAAGAUAUUGGACCCCAAGACAAAAGAUGUGCAGUACAACUGUCAGCUGCAUAGAAUCUCCUUCUGCGCCGACGACAAGACUGACAAGAGAAUAUUCACCUUCAUCUGCAAAGACUCUGAAUCCAACAAACACCUGUGCUAUGUGUUUGACAGUGAGAAAUGUGCAGAGGAGAUAACCCUUACUAUAGGCCAGGCGUUCGACCUGGCCUACAAGAAGUUCCUGGAGUCUGGCGGCAAGGAUGUGGAGACGCGGAAACAGAUAGGGACCUUGCAGAAGAGGAUUCAAGAACUGGAAACGGAGAACUCUGAGCUGAAGACACAGCUCCAGGACCUGGAGGAGCAGCUGAAGAUCUCUCCUGUUCCCCCGCUGCUUCACAUAAACUCGACUAACGAGGCGUUCAUGUUGCAAAGGCCCUCGUCUCUGUUCUGGUGCCACAACCGGACGUCCUUCUCCUGUGUGGAGAUCUCCUCAGUGACUCUCACACCCAUGAGCUCACCAGAUUCCAACAUGUCAGCUGGACUCCUAACCCCUCCUCCUGCUAAACCUGCUGUUCCUCCUGCCAAGCCUGCUGACGGUCGCAGCAUCCCACGGCCUCGUGGAGGGAGCCUCUCCAUGAAACCCCAGUCUACAGACGUCUUUGACAUGGUGCCCUUCUCUGCUGUCACCCCCCUGGUGCCCAUACCAGCCAGCAAUGGAACUCCCCCCCCUCCACCCAGCACAUCCCCACAGGAUCUAAGGAAAGACCUGUUUGGAGCCGAGCCCUUCGACCCCUUCACCUGCGGCUCUGCAGACUUCCCUCCAGACAUCCAGUCCCAGCUGGACGAGAUGCAGGAGGGGUUCACAAUGGGAUUGAUCCUGGAGGGGACCGUCUUCUCCCUGGACCCCCUGGGGAGCCACUGCUGAGGCCAAGACACUCUCUUACUUCACUUUUAGCUUGUUUUUACGAAGAAAAAAAAAGUUGCCAAAAUUUGGUCUACUACUUUACAGUCAAGAUGCCAAUGUUCCUAUUUUGAGGUUUUUAUGUAUUUGAAUUUGGUUUUAGAAACAAAUCUGAGGUAUAUUAAAAUCUGAUAUAGAAAAAGCACUAUUUUUGUAAGAACUCAAACUGAAUGAUUAGUUUGUAGACCCUUUGCUUGUACUAGCAUUGAAGGAUGUAAAUAGUACAGUAUGUCCCAUGGUACAGUUUGUGGCUGAAUUUUCAUAUGGUACAGUUUAAUGUGUAGAUAUGCACCACUUUAGAUUCAGAGGUCGAUAUCAUCUAUUUGUAUCUGCGACAUAAUUCCCUAACAUAACCUCACAAGACAUAUACAUGUAGUUGGUCUUGUAUUAAUACUUGUAUGCCAAACUGAGCUGGAUGUUUAACAUAUCUUCUUUUAACUCUUUCUUUUUACACGUGGAUUUAGUUUACAUUACAUUUACAUUUAGUCAUUUAGCAGACGCUCUUAUCCAGAGCGACUUACAGGAAGUACAGGGGCAUUCCCCCCCCGAGACAAGUAGGGUGAAGUGCCCUGCCCAAGGACACAACGUCAUUUGGCACGGCUGGGAAUCGAUCUGGCAACCUUCAUAUUACUAGCCCGAUUCCCUAACCGUUCAGCCAUCUGACUCCCUAGUUGAUUUGUAAUGAAUUUGUAUGGAUUGUUUUGACUGUACAUUAAACAGUUUCACUUGUCUGGCUAAAGGUCUUAACAGGUGAAGAGCCCUCUCGGUAUGUCUGACCAUAUCUUUACUUUCAUAUGAUAUCAUCCUUUCAUAUGACCUCCACACAUGACAUCAUCCUUGCACCAGAAAGCACUUUUGAAAUCCUGUCCAUAUCCAGUACUAUACUACUUUCAUUUUGUUUGCAAAUAUGACUUUGCUGUUUUGGUUAUUAAAGAAAACAUACUGCAUACUAGAUGCCAUGUCAGAGAGAUUCUUUGUUGUCCCUUAUCUUGUCACCGCUGCUGAUGUGUGUAGUGAGUGCAGGUGACAGUGAGGUGAGUGCACCAUCGAAAGUGAUCUAUGGCAGAUGGCCUCAAAUGAAACUGAUUAGGAGUAGCUGAAAACUAAAGGUAAAUAUUUGAAAAUAAUAACGGUGAGAAAUGUUUUUUCAUGUAUAUUUUGUAUUGUGUUAUUUUAUUUUACUGUAGACUUUAGAACCUUAUAUUUGGGAAGGGCUUCGGCACGGCAAUACUAUUUUUAAAAUAACAAUUCUUGUAAAAGUAUAAUCAAAGUAUUUCAAGCAAGUAAAACAAAUGAGACCGAUACCAAUUCUUAAUUAUUUUAGAUAUCUUAAUUGGAAAAGACGAAGUGACAUCACUGUUACAGUAUUCAAAAACUGAGCUGUUUUAUUUGACAUCUUUAUGUAUUUUCAAAGCACCCACGAGAACCUUCACUUGACUUAAUGUGCAAAUUAUAUAUUCAGGGGAUGUGUCAUCACCACGACAGGCCUUAAGCUAAAUUAAGACCCUGGCUUUUCCUUAAUCAAUAUGACAAAAACGUCCGGGGAUAGACAAGCGUUUGUUUAAUGUGUUGCAUAGCAAAGAUACAUGAAGCACACAAGAUGUCUAAAUGCUGUUUAUAGGAAGGUGGACAGGAAGGGCAGGGAGCAGGGACUGACAUGCAUAGGAACAGAACACACGCUGUGUUAAAGGCACUGAUUAGAAAA